AUGGGUAGAAAAGAGGGCAGCACGGGGGGCAGCCAGGCCCCCAGGGUCGCAGACAAGAAAGGGAUCGUCUGGGUACACUGGCUCCUGGGCCAUAACAAGGGGGCGCCCCAGCCGGGCCUUGGAGCUGGCGGAAGCAGAGGGGGCGCCAGGCGGCGGGAAGAAGAGGCCAUGGGCGCGCAGGUCGGGGCGCUGCUGCUCGCGCAACUGUUGGUGCGGGUCGAAAUCGCGAGGCAGGCGUUGCGGGAUAGGGACCUGUUGCUUCCAGCUCAGCCUGGUGUCCAUCUGUCCAUCCCAGGGCCAUGUGGCCAACGGACUGUCCCGACACGCAUAGUGGGUGGAAAGGACGCAGAGCUUGGGCGCUGGCCGUGGCAGGGCAGCCUGCGCCUAUGGGGCUCCCACUACUGCGGAGCAAGCCUGCUCAACCGCCGCUGGGUGCUCUCGGCCGCGCACUGCUUCCAAAACAACAGAGAUCCCUAUGAAUGGUCGGUCCAGUUUGGCGAGCUGUCUGCUACACCACCCAUUUGGAGCCUGCGGGCCUACCUCCGUCAUUACAGGGUGAAGAGUAUUAUUAUAUAACCCAAAUCCAGGAAGUAUUCGCAGGACGACAUCUCCCUGCUGAAGCUGUCCUCCUCCAUCACCUUCAAUAAGCACAUCCAGCCCAUCUGUGUCCUGUCCUCCUCCUUUGAGUUCAAGAACCGGGAUGACUGCUGGGUGACUGGCUGGGGGGACAUCCAUGAGAAAAAGAAUCUGCCACCUCCCUACAAUCUUCAGGAAGUGCAAGUCUCCAUCAUAAACAAAUCCAGGUGUUCCUACCUGUUCCAUCAGCCUGAUUACCGCAGUCACAGCAGUAAUAAUAUGAUUUGUGCUGGCUCUGAGGAUGGCAACACUGACACCUGCAAAGGUGACCCAGGUGGACCCUUGGUCCGUGAAAAGAAUGAGCUGUGGAUUCAGAUUGGAAUCGUGAGCUGGGGAGUGGGCUGUGGUAGGCGCAACCGGGCCGGCAUCUACACCAAUGUCAGUAGUUACUUCAACUGGAUCCAGAUGCUGGUGGGCCGCAGCACACCCAGGCCAGACCCCUCUCAGUUGCUGCUGCCCCUCUCUCUGCUCUGGGCUCCCUGA